AUGAGUUCUACCAUCACUGAAGGUUUGGUUAAUCUGGGCAAGCUUUUGGUGCAUAUUGCUGAGAAUGGGCACUCAUUUGAGCUCGAUUGUGAGGACACCACACCGGUAGAGGCAGUUAUGCGGUAUAUUGAAUCUGUGGUGGGGAUUAAUCUCAAUGACCAGCUUGUUCUGUGUUUGGAUAUGAAGCUUGAGCCACACCGGCCACUUUCAGAUUAUAAGCUUCCAGCUGAUGGUCGGGAAGUAUUUAUAUUCAAUAAAGCAAGACUGCAAACUAAUUCAUCCCUCCCUUUGCCUGAGCAAGUUGAUAUUCUUGAGAUUGCCGAACCCCAAUCACCAUCAGCUUCACAUGACCCUCACCCUUUGGAUGAUGCUUUGGACCCUGCUUUGAAAGCUUUGCCUUCUUAUGAAAGGCAAUUUAGGUACCACUACCACAAGGGUCAUGCAAUUUACACUAGUACCCAAGUGAAAUAUGAGAACUGCGAGCGGCUCUGGAGGGAGCAAAAGGUUCAAGAAAGGGCAGUGGAGGUUGCAAGGGGCAAUUUGGACCAAUACUAUAGGAUGAUAAACCAAAACUAUACAGAAUUCAUGAAGCGUUAUUCUCAACAACAUAGGAUUCAUUCUGAUCUUUUGGUGAAUCUUGGGAGGGAUGUAGACAAACUGAGAUCCAUCAAGCUUCACCCUGCAUUACAGACUGCCACUCGUAAGUGCUUAUCGGAUUUUGUCAAGGAAGAGAACUUGAGGAAAGCGGGAGAGAGUUGUAGCAGUUCCCACAGGCAGUUUGAGAAUAAGGUUUCACAGUUCAAGCAGAUAUUUGGUGAGGUGAAGCGAAAAGUCGAGGAAUUGUUUUCUAAUAGGGCUUCUUUGCCUAUUAGGAAUUUGGAUCUGACGAUUAAGGAGCACCAGCGAUAUAUUACUGAACAAAAGAGUAUAAUGCAGUCUUUGAGCAAAGAUGUAAAUACUGUCAAGAAACUUGUGGAUGAUUGCUUGUCUUGCCAAUUGUCUUCGUCACUUCGUCCUCACGAUGCAGUUUCAGCCUUAGGCCCUAUGUAUGAUGUCCAUGACAAAAAUCACCUGCCUAGGAUGCAGGCCUGUGAUCGUGCAAUUUCCAAGCUGCUGGACUUCUGCAAGGAUAAAAAGAAUGAAAUGAACAUCUUUGUCCAUAAUUAUAUGCAAAAGAUAACAUAUAUUUCUUACAUCAUCAAAGAUGCAAAGUUACAGUUUCCUGUUUUUAGAGAGGCAAUGGUGCGUCAGGAGGAUCUAUUUUUGGACUUAAAGUUGGUUCGGGGGAUCGGCCCUGCAUAUAGAGCCUGCUUAGCAGAAAUAGUAAGAAGAAAGGCUUCCCUGAAGCUUUAUAUGGGGAUGGCUGGACAGUUGGCUGAAAGGCUUGCGACAAAGAGGGAGGCUGAGGUUAGGAGACGGGAGGAGUUUCUGAAAGCUCACAUUUUGUACAUGCCCAGGGAUGUAUUAGCAUCCAUGGGAUUAUAUGAUACCCCCAAUCAGUGUGAUGUCAAUAUAGCUCCUUUUGAUACUGGCUUGCUUGAUAUUGACAUUUCAGACCUGGACCGUUAUGCACCUGAGUUCUUGGCAGGAUUGUCUUCCAAGGGUUCGUUUAGAGGUUCAUAUUCUAUGUCUAAUGAAAGUUGUCAUUCAGCAGAGGUUGGGGAGAUUGCAUUGGAUAACCUUGAGAAAUAUGACUCUGAGGAGCUACUUGAAGGCUGUGAGUUGGUAGAGAUUGCUGGAACUAGUAAGAUGGAAGUUGAGAAUGCAAAAUUGAAAGCCGACCUGGCUUCUGCAAUUGCUAUGAUUUGUUCAUUCUGGCCUGAAGUAGACUAUGAAUCAUUGGAUGAUAGUAAAAUGGAAAUUUUAUUGAAGGAUGCUGCAGAGAAGACAGCUGAAGCCUUGCAACUGAAAGAUGAAUAUGGAAAGCAUCUGCAAUCUAUGCUUAGGAUGAAGGAGAUGCAGUGUCUUUCAUAUGAGAAACGCAUCCAAGAACUGGAACAGAGAUUGUCUGAUCAGUAUUUGCAAGGCCAGAAGCUUUCAAAUGAUAAGGAUGCCUCUGAAUUUGCCCUUUUGUCUGAUAAGGUUGAUGAUUGCAAGCAAGAAAUGUUAGGUAGUAGAGAAGUCCAUAUGCCUUGCUUAUCUAAUACUGAGCCCAUGGAUGAGGUUUCUUGCAUCUCAAAUUCUCUGGAUACAAAAUUGGGUCUGUUCAAUGCACAACCUGGAAAAAUGCGAGAUGGGGGAGAUGAAAAUAUGAUGGAUUCUUCUGCAGUACAAAAUCAUCAAAUGGAUUCAUCAAUGCAAGAACUACAUCGUGAAGAACUGCUAGCCAGGGCUAAAGAUGUGAAAGAUAAGAUGGUGGGGCAGCUGGGCAUGUCACUGACAAACAGUUCUACUGCUGAAAGCAUGCCUGAACCUCUGAAUGUCUUACCAUGUGAAACAGCAAUUGAGCCAGGCUUGGACAACAAAGUCAGUACUGAACUGUUGUUGGAAUUGGAAAGUGCACUUGCAGAUAAGUCAAACCAGUUGAGUGAAACAGAAAUUAAGCUUAAAGCUGCUGUGGAGGAUGUUGCGAUGCUUAAGAGGGAAUUGGACACAAAUCGGAAACUACUUGAUGAAUCUCAGAUGAAUUGUGCUCACUUGGAGAAUUGUUUGCAUGAAGCAAGAGAGGAAGCUCAAACCCAUCUUUGUGCGGCAGAUCGCAGGGCCUCAGAGUAUAGUGCUCUGCGUGCUUCUGCUGUGAAAAUGCGUGGCCUUUUCGAAAGACUUCGGAGCUGUGUUUAUGCUCAGGGUGGGGUGGCUAGUUUUGCUGAAUCACUACGUACCUUAGCACAAUCUCUGGGAAAUUCUAUUAACGACAAUGAAGAUGAUGGUACUGUUGAGUUUCGCAAAUGUAUUCGGGUCCUUGCAGAUAGAGUUGGUUUCUUGUCAAGACACCGUGAAGAGCUACUGGACAAGUAUCCGAAGGUUGAAGCUGCCAAUGAACAACUUAGAAAAGAAUUGGAAGAUAAGAAGGAUCUGGUUAAGACUUUGUACACAAAGCAUCAACUUGAGAAGCAGGCAAACAAGGAGAAGAUAUCUUUCAGCCGCUUGGAAGUUCACGAGAUUGCUGCCUUUGUUCUUAACACAGCUGGGCAUUACGAGGCAAUCAAUCGGAAUUGCUCAAACUACUACCUCUCAGCUGAAUCUGUGGCCUUGUUUACGGAUCAUCUCCCACAUCAACCUAACUACAUUGUUGGACAAAUUGUGCAUAUCGAACGCCAGACUGUGAAGCCAUUGGCUCCUACUUCAACCCGGUCUGAGUACGAGCUAACCUCUGACACAGGGACCGACCGGUUUACCUUGAAUUCAGGAUCGAACCCCUAUGGUCUCCCUUUUGGUUGUGAAUACUUCGUAGUGACAGUAGCAAUGUUACCUGAUACCACCAUUCAUUCACCACCUCCUUCCUGA